AUGGGAGGGCCAGUAGCGCGCGGGGUUGCGGGCGGCCUGUUCCUGCUGACUUGGAUCUUGGCUACCGGCUCUGGAUUCAUCGCGUUAGCGCAGGGAUCGAAGAUCCUCGCGAACGAGAAAACUUACACCAUCGUCUGGGCAAGGGUUGCUGCACUCUGCACUGCAUUGGUUGCAAGCAUCCGGACACUAAGCAAAUUGGCUAUAUUGACUUGGGUCGGCUUCGAUUCAAUCCUCACCGCUGUUUCCAUUGUUGGUGCGGGGGUUACGCAGGUCGACAGGCCAGCCGCUGCUCCGCAAACGGGCCUGUAUGGUCUUAGAGUCAUCUCCGUCGGGAGCCCAGGAUUCAUCGCUGGUCUGACUGCCGCCACCAAUCUCUUCGGUAUUCUCCCUAUCAAUCCUGGAUGUGAUGUGAAACUUACCGUCUGGAUGUAG